UCACACUCCUCAGUCCUCAGUAAGCUCAAGCACCAAGCUCGACUGCUCAAGCAGGAAUCCACCAGCCAAUCACCCAGCACUCAGCCGGCAGCCAUGGACAUGGGCCUUGAGGUCUCGAGCUCCUCCCCGUCCUCCUCGUCGGCGUCGUCCUCGCCCGAGCACGCGGCGGGGCGGGCGUCGCUGGCCAAGCGCCCCGCGGGGCGCACCAAGUUCCGGGAGACGCGGCACCCGGUGUACCGCGGCGUGCGGCGCCGGGGCAACGCCGAGCGGUGGGUCUGCGAGGUGCGCGUCCCCGGCAAGCGCGGCGCGAGGCUCUGGCUCGGGACGUACGCCACGGCUGAGAUCGCAGCGCGCGCGAACGACGCCGCCAUGCUCGCCCUGGGCGGCCGCUCCGCCGCGUGCCUCAACUUCGCGGACUCCGCGUGGCUGCUCGCCGUGCCGCCCGCACUCGCCGACCUCGGCGACGUCCGGCGCGCGGCGGUCGAGGCCGUCGCUGAUUUCCAGAGACGAGAGGCUGCCAACGGCUCCCUCACAGUCACCGCCACCGUCACCGAAGAGGCCUCCUGUGGCGCUCCUGAAGAAUCGUCGUCUGAGUCUGACAGUGUCGGUUCGUCGGAGACGUCGGAACCUUCUGCCGAUGGAGAGUUCGAGGUGCCGGUCGCGGUGGACACCGAUAUGUUCAGGCUUGACUUGUUCCCGGAACUGGACCUGAGCUCGUACUACGCGAGCCUCGCGGAGGCGCUGCUCGUGGACCCGCCGGCACCGGUGACCACCACCUACGCGUACUGGGACAACGGCGACGGCGGAGCUGAUGUCGCGCUCUGGAGCUACUAGCUAGUACAGUCGAUAAUUCCCCUCGCAAAAAAAAAGUAGUGCCGAUAAUUCCCAGCUCUGUAGCUAUUUUCCCCUGUUACAAAGUUUUCCCCUUGUGGGAAAAGACUAUGUACGUAGUACUCCUAGCUAAUAAGGUGAAGCUGCUCCUAAUUCAAUA